AUGGCGAAUGUCGGGCUCUCUGAUACUAUACCUGAUUGGUUCGAGGCUACUUUUUCUAAUGUCCAACGUUGGAAUCUAUCAGGAAACAAUAUUUGCGGUGUUAUGCCAUCAUCAAUGAAGAACUUGAAAUCUUUAAUAACAGUGGAUCUCAGCAAGAAUCAACUUACUGGCAGUGGCACUUUACUAGAAUAG